AUGCCCAACGGAAUGCUGAACCCCAAUUCCUACUUCCCACCUGUGGGUGCCUGGUCGAGCCGGUUACCGUCUCCUGCAGUCCCAGCUCCAGCGCCUCUACUUCCCACGCCGAUUCCGACCGCUAUUCCGUCGACUCUAGGAGGGACAUUGAAUGAGCUGCCGCCGCACGUCGAUCUCGAGGAGAUGCCGAAACCACCACCUGCGACGUGUUCUUGUCCGGUCACCGAUACUUGCAUUGCUGAAUCGCUGGCGCUGCUGUUGGGGUCUUUCAAACUGCUGUGUCGAGUUGUGCUGGAGCUUCGGGAACUCGAAGAAUGGCGGGAUGUGGUGCCGAUGAGCACGUACAAGGCGAUAGAGACGGCGUUGGCGAGAUUCGAAACCUGUAUGAGGAAGCUGUUCGCGCCGUUACUGGAGAGUAAAGAGACCGACAUGGAAGAUUGGUUACUCCAGCAAUGGUUGCGACCGGUUCAACGUCAAACGUAUGAGGAGGAUGUGUGUUCUCGCGUGCGAAGGAGGGUUGACGAGGCGUCGAUCAAUGCUAUCGAUACAUUUCCGCCUAUGCAGCACAUCUUGCAUAUGCUGUUGGUGCGGUAUGAGUUUGGAAGCCCGAGUUUUCGGGCUGUACUUGAGAUGUUCCAGGGUGGAAACGUCGAAUCCGGCACCAAACUCCUGCUCGAAGCUCAUCGGCAUCUUGUGCAGUUCGCUGUCAAGUCGGAUAAUGCUUAUAAAGAGUCCCUUCUCGAUGAUCUCGGGUCCUGGGUAGAUAGCCUGGCACGACGGAUAGAGGACUUCGAUACAUUGACAGCAAUGAAAGACAUGAAUCUUUGA